AUGCAUUCGAAUAUUGCAGUUAUUCAUGACAGUUUAUUAGAAAUACAUGAUGGUGAGAAAUAUGUAGUAACAAAAAAUAAUAAAAUUGUCAAAUACUCUUACUUAUGUUUGUGUACGGGAGCUGAGCCUAAACUCGUACCACAAGCUAAAGAUUUCGAGGAAAUAUUGGGCAUUAGAGAUACGGAUUCAGUCGAUAAAUUUGUAAAAAAAAUCGCAAACGCUAAAAAGGUGAUCGUAGUUGGAAAUGGUGGGAUCGCUUCAGAAUUAGUCUACAAAAUAAAAAAUACAGAAAUCCAUUGGGUUAUUAAAGACCGUCACAUCUCGUCUACUUUCGUCGAUCCGGGUGCAGCUGAGUUUUUCCUACCAUCAUUAAAAAACAACGAGCAGUCUACAGAACCGGUUAGCAAACGAAUGCGCUAUCAAGAAGAAGAUUUCAAAAAAUCCGGCGCUGCCUUGGGUCCCGAUUGGUACAAGAACCUAAUCAUUCGAGGAGCCGGAGACCUAACUGUCCCAUCUGAAGUUAAAAUACAUUACGAAUCAGAAAUAACACACAUAAGCAAAGAUAGAAACUCCGUUCAUCCCCUUCAAGUGACUUUAUCGAAUGGAGCAGACCUUACGUGUGAUCUUAUAAUAUCUGCUACAGGAGUAACUGCUAGAAAAUCCUUUGCAACAGAAACAGCCCUUGAAUUAACCGAGUUUGGGGAAAUUAAAGUGAACGAACAUAUGGAAACAAAUGUACCAGGAAUUUACGCAGCCGGUGAUGUUUGCAGUGCCAAUUGGAACGUAGCUAAGCAUUGGUUUCAAAUGAAACUUUGGACUCAAGCCAGGCAAAUGGGCUCGUAUGCAGCGAGAUGCAUGUCUGGGCAUUUGAACAAGGAGGAAAUCCUGCAGGAUUUCUGCUUCGAAAUGUUUGCCCAUUCCACUAAGCUCUUUGGUUACAAAGUGAUUUUAUUAGGGCUGUUCAACGGGCAGAAAUUGGGGACAAACUACGAAAUUCUUAUUAGAAUGACCAAGGGACACGAAUAUGUCAAGUUUGUGUUAGAAAAUAACAAAUUACAGGGCGCUGUUUUAAUUGGAGAUACCGACUUGGAAGAAAUGGCGGAAAAUUUGAUUUUGAAUCAAAUUGAUUUGUCGCCUUAUGGAGAUGACAUCUUAAAUCCAGAUAUAGAUAUCGAGGACUAUUUUGAUUAA